UUUCUUUGAAUUUUCAUCAAAUCAUACACCCAUCUUUUGUGUACUGAAAUUGUCCUUCUCUGCUCUAUUUCUCUAAACCGUCUUUCAUUAGACAGAUAAAGAGAACACCUUUAUUGUUGGUUAAGUCUUUUCCAACGCCAUAUUAGGUGUUAUUAUUUGACCAACAAAUAAUGGAGUCUUUCGUUAAUGAGUUCAAACAUCUUAAAAUCCAGUUUGAAGAUAUAAUUCGUGCCACCAACACCUUUGAUGACCUUCAAAUCAUCGGGCGUGGUGGUUUUGGCAAGGUGUACAGUGGACAACUGUCUCAUUUUAAGGGGCGUAGCAUGGUUGCUAUCAAGCGUCUUGAUCGAAUAUAUGGCCAAGGUGACGUAGAGUUCUGGAAGGAGAUCACGAUACUAAACCGUUUCAAGCAUGAAAAUCUCAUCACUCUCCUUGGAUUCUGUAACGAGGGUGAUCAAAUGAUCCUUGUAUACGAGCACGCAUCUAAAGAAAGCCUUGACCGUCAUUUAAGUUCCACUAAUUUCACGUGGAGACAACGACUCAAGACAUGCAUUGGUGCUGCAAGGGGAUUAAGUUUCCUACAUGAUGCACCGGCGGGCACUAACGAAAGAAUUAUCCACCGAGAUAUAAAGAGUGCCAACAUCCUACUCGAUGCAAAUUGGAAUGCGAAAGUUUCUGACAUGGGACUGUCAAAGAUAGCACCUGCUAAUCAGCAGCGCACGGGGCUUGUCACCGACCGUGCUGGGACCAUUGGGUAUUGUGAUCCAUCGUAUAUGGAGACUUACUGCCUAACGAAAGAGUCGGACGUUUACUCUUUUGGCGUGGUAUUAUUCGAAGUGUUAUGCGGAAGAUUAUGCUUUAAAUACAGCAACGGUCAAACUCAGGUUUUCGUGCCUACGUGGAAAAAAAGUUACGAACAGAAUAACCUACAACAGAUUAUAUUCGAUUAUCUGAAGCAACAGAUAGAUCCAACAUCAUUGAAAACAUAUGCGGACAUCGCAUUUAAAUGUCUGCAGAAAUCUCCGAAAAAACGGCCAACGAUGCCAGAUGUCGUGAAAGAACUUGAGACUGCUCUCGAAUAUCAGGAGCUUUAUGAAGGAGUGAAACUGACAGAGGACUUCAAAAGGAUGCUUCCGACUGCUGCAGAUAAUCUGAACUACGGAUCCGAAAGUGAACUGAAGAUGCUUCUCCUUAAAGGGAUCCUCACUAACAAUGGCAAUACGUGGUUAUCGUGUAAUAAGAACGGAGAUCACUGUGAAACGCUAUCUAUAGCAGCAUGUUUAACUUCAACUUCAAGAGAAUCUCAUUAUAUAAACUUGCCUAUAUAUACCGAAAGAUUUACAGCGGGCUGCUAUGAACCACGUGGAGCAGAAUUCAAAACACAUGUCAAAACUCAAUUCUUGUCACCAAAAAUCACAUACACUGUAAACCUUGUGUUCAAAAGGAUGAAUAGUGAAGAACAGUAUAUAGGGCUCGAAUACAAGUUAGAAGGGGAGAAAGAAAAGUCUUAUUCGUUCGUAUCAGAUAAGAGAGAAGGUGGAUGGUUGACGGUCGAACUGUAUCAGCUUAGUACCGACCAGGGAGCCGUUGAUCUAAAAAUUGUGUUUUACACUAAGCACUGUGAUAAUUUACUAAUAGAAGGCAUCGAGUUUCAGCCCCUGGAGAAAGUAGACACAGAGACACGUCCAGCUGAAGAUGGGAGGCAAUGUCUUAUGCUGCCAGCAAAAGUGGUUUUGGAUGAAAACGAAUGGAACUGGGUCUUUGAUCCAAGAUUUGGACAAGUGGCUGAUUGUAUUGCAAAAAAAAUUGGUAUUAACUGCGAAUUCAGUUCCGAAAAGCUGUCACCUCAGACAACAUACGCAGCUUACCUUGUCUACAGAUUACCUCAUAAUUAUAAAGAUAUCAACCCUCCUGUGCAAGUGGUUGAUAAAAACUCAGGUUCAGGCGAAGAAUACAAUAUCUUUUUACGUACUCCACAAACCCCAGUUAUCAGAGGGAAUGAUAAGAUCAAAGGAGCCUACAACCCAUCGAUUAGACCCAUGAUAAAAGGCCUACCGAAGAACAGGAGUGAUGGUUGGAUGGAAGUACAAGUACAUGAAUUUAUAACACCUGCUAGCAUACGCAUGAUUACCACGCGUCUUCAACUCUCCAGUUACGACAUGUCGCUUGCAGGGAUUACUGUGCAAGGCCUUGAGUUCAGACCCAUAUAGCUUCUCUUCUGGGAAGUGUUGGUUAACGUAUGACUUGGUUAAGAGCUGACCGAGUAACAUGCAGAAGGUGUGGAAGUGUUCGCUCACCAAUGUGGAAAUUGUGGAGGCCCAAACAGUUUUAUUACGUUGGUAUUAUUAUGUUUUGUCUUAUAAUAAGCAUUUCGCAGUAGCAUGUUUCUUAAUUUUCAGUUUCUUUCUUGUAUUUGGUACGUGUGAAAGUUUGAGCAAUAUAUAACCAGAAAAUCGCCCCAA